UGGUGCAUCUCUAUUGUUGACAGGCCGUGCACGCCCCCGGACCAUCGUUCGAUGACGUCGAAGUGGUGAGAGAGGGACGGGAACGCGCAAGGUCGGAGAGAAGCGGGCUGGCAGUUACAUCUUGCACUCCUGCCCAGGAGUAGGAGGAAGAAGGCUCGGCCACAGCCAGCGUAUGCCCAGUGAGGGGAGGAAUCCCACGCCCCCAGACCCUUACCACCAAGAGAUGCCUGUGCCAGGACGAGCUCAGUUAAGACUGGACUGGAGAGUGGACUUUGGAUUUGGUAGCCAGGGUUAAAGGAUUGAACUUGGGCAUGAUGACAGUGCAUCACAGAUGAGAGAAAACACUGUCAAUGGUCUCCAGCAAGAAAGGACUGGGAUAUUGGUAUUACAAACACACGCAUAUAAAAAAAAAAAACAUACCUGGUGGACCAAGGGGUACUGAGCCACUGCCAGCAAGCAUUACCUAUAGACUAGCAUUGUACUGUCAGAGGAGGACGCUGAAAAGCUGGUACCACUGAGGACGCAUCGGAGCAUCACUAACAAGCCAUUUAAACCUGAACUUCUCCCGCUAAGGACCUGCACCUUAUAAAGUAUUGCUAGUCCUUUGCAAGCUUGUGUCCUCCGUCAUGGCCAUCCUGCACUGCCUCCAGCUAUUCCAUAUGAAGAAGUAACAAAGCCAUUGACCCCUCAAAGUACUACCGUUUCUAUUAUUUAUUCCCCGUGUUAUUUCCCCCCCCUCCUCCUCCUGACACCAUCCGUGGCUUACCUCUCAUUCACUCGCACACCAUGAUCUCCCUGCUCCCAUUUGACAGCUUGCUAUGUAACCUCUUGGGCCUGUCCCUUACAUUGUGGUUUACUCUUCUCCUCGUCUUCAUCAUCGUACCAGCUAUCUUCGGGGUCUCCUUCGGCAUCCGCCGCCUGUACAUGAAAACCUUGCUUCGUAUUUUCACGUGGGCAACCUUACGAAUUGAGCGCGGAGUAAAGGAAAACAGUCACGCUUUGUAUAAGCCUCUAACUAAUGGAAUCAUUGCUAAGGAGCACACGUCUCUGGAGGAGGGUAUAUGGGAACUACGUAGCAAUGGCCGAUCUGGUGGUAAGCCAGAGUUUGAGCUGUCGGACAUCUUUUACUUUUGUCGUCAAGGCAUGGAACGCAUUAUGGACGAUGAGGUGACCAAACGCUUCUCAGCAGAGGAGCUGGAGACCUGGAACCUGCUGAGCAGAACCAACUACAAUUUUCAGCACAUCAGUCUCCGGCUCACCGUGCUCUGGGGCCUGGGCAUGUUGGUCCGUUACACAUUUCUGCUGCCACUCAGGGUCGCUUUGGCUGUUACAGGGAUCAGCCUUUUGGUAUUUGGCACUACAAUAGUUGGAUACCUACCUAAUGGCCAGUUUAAGGAGUUUCUCAGCAAACAUGUGCAUCUUAUGUGUUACCGGAUCUGCGUGCGCGCCCUUACAGCAAUCAUUACAUAUCAUGGCAGUGAGAACAAACCCAGGAAGGGAGGCAUCUGUGUGGCCAAUCAUACCUCUCCCAUUGAUGUCAUCAUCCUGGCUAGUGACGGGUACUAUGCUAUGGUGGGACAAAUCCACGGGGGCCUAAUGGGCAUUAUACAGAGAGCUAUGGUAAAGGCCUGUCCACAUGUCUGGUUUGAACGUUCAGAAGUCAAAGAUCGACAUCUUGUAGCUAAAAGGCUGACCGACCACGUGCAGGACAAGAGUAAGCUGCCCAUCCUAAUAUUUCCUGAAGGUACCUGCAUCAAUAACACAUCUGUAAUGAUGUUCAAGAAGGGAAGCUUUGAGAUAGGAGCCAUAGUGUAUCCUGUGGCUAUCAAGUAUGACGCACGCUUUGGUGAUGCCUUCUGGAACAGCAGCAAAUAUGGGAUGAUCACCUACCUCCUGCGAAUGAUGACCAGCUGGGCCAUAGUGUGCAGCGUCUGGUACCUCCCUCCUAUGACACGUCAGGAGAAUGAAGAUGCUGUGCAAUUUGCGAACCGGGUGAAGUCUGCCAUCGCUCAUCAGGGUGGACUUGUUGAUCUGCUUUGGGAUGGGGGACUGAAACGUGAAAAGGUCAAAGAUGCAUUUAAGGAGGAGCAACAAAAGUUGUACAGUCGUAUCAUCUCUGGAAACCAGGAGAACCGAAGUCGCUCCUGAGCCCAAGGAUCGGGGAGCAGGCUCUUACCUGGACCACACUGCUGCUCCAAAGCCACAGGUAGAAGGCGCGGAGCUGCAGAAAACCAAGCCAUGGAGGGAGAGUCGAGGGAACACAAGAACAGGGAGCAAAUCUGGAUUUAAUAAUGUAUCAACUGAGGAAGUGAAAGAGCAGGAGCCGUAGGGCGCAGCAAGUCCUUGUAAGAACGUAUAGCUGCACCCAUGGGACCCGUAACUCUCACAAUUACUGUUUCAAACACAGUUUCUGAAGGGUGCAGUCCUCUUAAGUUUUCAAACCCAAUAGUGGCCGCAAGUUCUGUUGAAUGUUUUGGAUCCACAAAAAUAGUUUUGUAGAACCUGAACGGUCAUUUGAAAGUAUGUUACAUCUGUGGGACUUUAACUGUUACAGACUGAAAGCCAUCUGAAGCCGAGUCUUGCCCAGCCAUUGACUAGACAGACGGAACAGAUUCCAAGUUCUGUAGUUCGUUGUAUCGUACACGAGGCCAAAGGUUAAAGGUCAUAUUCACUUGCAGGAAUUAAUGUUACGCCAGCAAUGUUUGGGACCUCGUACAGCUGCUGUGGCUGAGACCCUCCAAAACCCCAAUGAAUUUCCUGAAAUGUGGCAUCUUUAUGACUUACGAGUACAGCCUCAUCCAUUCACGCCAUCUACAGUUCCUGCUAGUCACAUGGGUGACUAGCUCCAACAAUCCUGUAAUCUAAAACCGGAGGGUUAAUGAUGUCACUGUGUUUGCGACCUUGCCAGAUCCCAUAUUACGUGAGACAUGUGCCUCCCAUUUUAUCUGUUACACCCUGUCCUGCAUGGGCUUUGGGCCACGUUCCUUGUUUUGUUUUUAUAUAGUCAAUGAAAUAAAAUAUCCUAAGAAAAAACAUUCCUGCCCUCC